GCAGCACAUGGCAGUGUUGACGCUAAAGUGCUGAUGAAAUCUUCUUACAUCAAUGGUGGAAGGGAAAGGAGCACUUAUGUUUCUAUAAAGAGCACACGGAGGCCGGAGCACAAGUAGACAUGGCUGAAGACGAGGCGAUCUUUGAGCCAAAGCUCACGGAGAAGAAGAAGAAGAAAAAGACUGGAUUCAAUUUGGAAGCUGCCCUGACCGAAGCCACUCCUGAUUCAAAUAUUGAUCCUCUCAAUGGUGUUGAAAAUGGGAAAGAUGAAGCACAUGAUGACACAGAAUUUCUUGGAAAAUCCAAGAAAAAGAAGAAGAAGCCCUUCAAUUUUGACGACUUGAAUGAGGUCCUCGACUCGAGUGCUCCCACCACCGGGAGUGCGGUAGAAGUGGAACCUCCUGAAGAACCCACAGAUGAUGUUGACAACACCAAUUUGGAAAUGGACCUCGAGUUUGACUACUCCUCCAAGAAGAAGAAAACCAAGUCAAAGAAAAAGGUGGACAUUGAGAAGCUCAUUGCUGACGAUGAUAAGGAUGGUCAAACUGAAGACAGGGAGAUGGAAGAAUAUGGGGCCCAUGCCGUGGACGAAGCUGAUGACGCGUGGGGCGACAGCGAGCGCGACUACAGCUACGACGAGCUCGUGCAGAGAGCGUUCGACCAGCUCAGGCUCAAGAACCCGGAGAUGGCGGCCGGCGAGAAAAUCAUGAAGCCUCCUCAUGUGCUGCGUAUUGGCUCCAAGAAGUCGGCCUUUGUAAACUUCUCGCACAUUUGUCGGCUGCUGCACAGAGUACCGCAGCACGUACUACAGUUCCUGCUUGCUGAGCUGGGAACAUCAGGCAGCAUUGAUGGUAAUUGUCAACUGAUUAUUAAGGGCAGGUUUCAGCAGAAGCAAAUCGAGAACGUAUUGAGGCGGUACAUUAAGGAAUACGUGACGUGCCACACAUGCCGCUCCUCGGACACCAUCCUACAGAAGGACGCCAGACUUUAUUUCCUGCAGUGCGAGCAGUGCAACAGCCGCUGCUCCGUUGCUCCCAUCAAGAGCGGCUUCCAGGCUGUGGCGAACAAGCAGCAGAGACAAGCUAUCAGGGCAAGCAAAAACUAAGCUAAAGUCAGCUCCUAGUCUGCUCUGUCCCACACUACUCUGUGGCCAGCCCCACACUUCCAUGCUCUGCAACUGCUGGUGUCAACUCUGCAGAUGUUGGUAUCCGCGACUUGCAAGACUGCGUCUUUUCUUACACAGCGUCCCUAAUUUCGAUAGAUCCACACUUGCUUGUCACUACCAGUCGUUUUUUCAUUAUUAUUACUUUUCAGUAUAAUUAUUUAUAAAAUUAUUCAUUUUGAAUUGUGAGUUACGAUGAAUCUGAAUUGAUAUUAAUAUUGUGAAAUCAUGCCGUCGCAAUUACAAAUGCAUCCCACUUCUGUGUUGUUUGUGAAUUAUUAUCUUUAUUCUAUUGAGGUAGCUGAGUCUGGUAUCUAUGUCUAACGUUCAAUAGACUGGGUUACGAUGCUUCUCUUGUGUCACUGGGCGUUUGGCACUUAGAUUCCGUGUGACUGAACUGACUUAGAUUCCAAUAUGAAAUCUCGCACGAAGUGUGAGAUUUCUUUUCGAACGGUCAGAAGAAUAAAGCCUAGGUUACGAUGCUUCUCAUGUGUCACUGUUUGGUACUUAGAUUCCGUGUGACUGACAAGAAGUGUGAGAUUUCUUUUGAACCGUUCAGAAGACUAAAGCCAUCUGCUAAAACUCCUCUAAUCUUAUGUUAUUAUUUCGAUUGUUCGUCCACGUACCCAAAAGAAUAAAGUUGUUCAUGCUGUCCAAUCACAUUAUUGUAGCAAUGAUAUAACCAGACGCGUACCAGGUGUUGCGAUAUACCUUUCACAUGUACAUACUUCAUCGACUUGGUUAGAAUAUUUGUUGUUCUAGGUUCAGUAGCGGGAGAAGGAGCCUCUCAUAUACAUGGGCUUUUUGUUAUCAAAUGCCGAAAACAUGAUGCUUGAACAGUAGGAAUCGAACUUUUUAGCCAAGUACGGCGAAUGUAGCCCGUUUCUUAUAGCUUUUAUUAUUGGAGGCAUCGUCAAGAGAGUUGUGUGCGAAACUAGUAUGCUUGGAUAGCUGUAGGCGAGUUGAGUAAAGGUCAAUGAGUAUUGUAAGCUAUGUAUCUUAUCCAUGAUAUUCUAGAUUUUUUAAAGCAUACGUAAGCAAAAACAUUAAAGUCAAUGUAAUUCGACGUAAAGGUUCAGUUAAAAAUAAAGAAUCUGAAAGUAU